AUGGCGCCAGACAAAGUCAAACUUCUUGUUAAAUCACUCGGCUUCUUCAUUCCCUACCUGGGUCAAGCUACCAUCUCGCGAGUGGCUGCGUACUGUCACAGCUGGACGUGGCGCAACACGCCCGACGCGAAGAAUGUCGUGGUGCUAGGCGGGUCAUUUGCAGGUAUUGAACUGGUGAAGCGACUGGGGGAGACGCUGCCGACGGGAUACAAGGCUGUGUGGAUCGAGAAGAACUCGCACCUCAACUACUCGUUCAACUUUCCACGAUUCUCCGUUCUGACAGGGCAUGAGCACACAGCAUUUAUUCCAUACGACGGGAUUGCAAAAGGCGCGCCGGAAGGCAUCUUCUGCCGUAUCCAGGACACAGCUGUUGCACUCACAGACCAUCAAGUGCUCCUGGCAUCGGGCGACAAGAUCGACUACGAGUACCUCGCAAUCGCGACGGGAUCCACACAGCCCCUACCCGUGCAGGUAGCGUCCACGGAGCGUAGUGAUGCCUGCCAUGAGCUACAGAGCGUGCAGCAGACUAUCAAGGCGAGUCAGAAGAUUGCCGUUGUUGGGGGCGGAGCGGUAGGAGUCGAGCUAGCUAGUGACAUCAAAGAUUUUUAUCCGGACAAGGAAGUCACUCUGAUCCACUCGCGAGGCCAGCUUAUGAGCCACUUUGGCAGCCGACUCCAGGCUUACGCAUUGUCCGUGCUGAGGGACGAGCUGGAAAUUCGAGUUUUGCUGAACGAGCGACCGAAUAUGCCCUCUGCGGGCAACUUCGCGCGAUCGGCUUCGUUGACCUUCUCUGAUGGGAGAGAAGAACAAUUUGACCUCAUUAUCGGCUGCACCGGCCAACGGCCAAACUCAUCCAUUCUCAAAAGUCUGUACCCGAGCACCGUUUCAAAUGAGACCUCCCGGAUUCUGGUCCGACCGACGCUCCAAGUUCUUAAUGCCAACGCACCGAACCAAGACCUCCCGAUCUUUUCGUUUGGCGAUGUAGCGGAUCAUGGUGGUCCCCGCAUGGCCCGGGCAGGCUGGAUGCAGUCCCAGGUGGUGCUGGACAACAUCUUAGCCAAGAUCCACGGCCAAACACCGACGCGCAAAUACACGCCUAACGUAUUUCUCGAAGGGGCGAUCAAGUUGACGCUGGGCAAAACGCAUACCGUCAUCUAUGCGAUGGAGGACGACGGGUCUGAAAUGCUGAUACCUUCCAGGGAUGGGAAGCUAGAUCUCGGGAUUGAAUCGGCAUGGAAGGAGUAUGGAGUAGAUUUUAAACGGGCCAGUGAAGGCCAUGCUGAUCGUGUCGAAGUCGGUGCUGGAGCUGCUGGAAGUCAGUGUUAG